GACCGAUGCUCAGCGUUCAGAAGUUUUCCGAUGCGCGCUGCGACAGACAGAGGCGGCCAGAACGCGAGUCCGAUCCACUAGUCGCGUUUUGUAAACACGGUGGCAUAGAGUGUGGACUCUCGGGCGGACUUUCGGAGGAGUUUGCGGAUCGCUUCAGACUUCUUGACGUCCUGUUUGGAGAGAAGUCAUGCAGGCGCGCUAUUCCGUCUCCAGUCCCAACUCGCUGGGAGUCGUGCCGUACAUCAGCAGCGACCAGAGCUAUUACCGGGCCGCCGCCGGAGGGGGGUACACCGGGAUGCCAGCCCCGAUGAGCAUGUACUCUCACGCGGCCCACGAGCAGUACCCCGCCAGCAUGGCGAGGGCGUACGGACCGUACACUCCGCAGCCGCAGCCCAAGGAUAUGGUGAAACCUCCGUACAGCUACAUCGCGCUCAUCACCAUGGCCAUCCAGAACUCCCCGGACAAGAAGGUGACCCUAAACGGCAUCUACCAGUUCAUCAUGGAGCGCUUUCCCUUCUACAGGGACAACAAGCAAGGCUGGCAGAACAGCAUCAGGCACAAUCUGUCCCUGAACGAGUGCUUUGUCAAAGUGCCCCGCGAUGACAAAAAGCCCGGCAAAGGCAGCUACUGGACCCUGGACCCGGACUCGUAUAACAUGUUCGAGAACGGCAGCUUUCUGCGCCGCCGCCGGCGCAUCAAAAAGAAAGACGCCUUGAAGGAUAAAGAGGAGCGCAACGUCAAAGAAGCGCCUUCCCGCCAGCAGAGCCAGCAGAAUCAGCCGAGCCGCGACCAGGAGCAGUCUGGCCCGGGCUCGCAGCCCGUGCGCAUUCAGGACAUCAAAACCGAGAACGGCACGUCCACGCCUCCGCAGGCCGUUUCGCCGUCGCUCAGAACCGUUCCCAAGAUCGAGAGCCCCGACAGCAGCAGCGUAUCGAGCGGGAGCCCGCACAGCAUCCCGUCCACGCGCUCUCUCAGCCUGGACAGCGCCGGGCAGCAGCAGCAGCAGCAGCAGCAGCAUCACCACCAGGGCCAGGGCCAGGCCGCGGCGCAGGGCUUCAGCGUGGAUAACAUCAUGACCUCCCUCCGCGGCUCCCCUCAGAGCUCCGGCGAGCUCACCCCGUCUCUCGUGGCGCCCUCGCGGACAGGCAUAACCCCCGCGUUGUCCCUCAACUAUUCUCCCAACCAGACGUCCGCGUACAGCUCGCCCUGCAGCCAGAACCCCAUCUCGACUACCUCCAACGCCACCUACCAUUGCAACAUGCAGGCCAUGAGCUUGUACGCGGGCGGGGAUCGCUCGGGCCACUUGGCCACCACCACCGUGGACGAAACCCUGCCCGAUUACUCGAUCACGACCACCACGUCGUCCCUAAACCACGGGAACCCUCAGGAGGGCCACCACGCGCACCAAGGCCGCCUCGCGUCGUGGUACCUAAACCAGGCUGGAGACAUCGGCCACCUAGGCGCCACGUACCCCGCGCAGCAGCAGAACUUCCACUCGGUUCGAGAGAUGUUUGAAUCGCAGAGAAUCGGUCUGAAUAACUCUCCGGUGAACGGGAAUAACAGCUGUCAGAUGUCGUUUCCCCCGAGCCAGCCCAUAUACCGCGCGUCGGGGGCUUUCGUGUACGACUGCAGCAAGUUUUGACCAAACAAGUAGCCCGUGUGUCUCUCCCGUUGUCUUUCUCGUGAUGGACUGAACGCGAGUUUGUUAAGGACAGUGUUACUUCGAAUAACACGUAAGUCUUCUUGGUUUUUGUGCGCUAUAUGCCGGGCUGUGUUGACGCGCGUCAGACGUUUGUGGACUUGUUAUUACGUGUAAAUUGCAUAUAGUAAUUUAUUUCUAAAGUGUAGCCGGAUAUUACGGACCAAAACACCAGACAGUGUUUCUGAAUCGAACUGCAUUCAUCGUCCAGAUGUUCCACUAUAGCGAGGAACGGAACAUGUAUAACGCCAUAUUCUUGCAAAUUAUCUCCUUUUGUUGAAAAAGUAUUCUGAAGGAUCUGCAUUGUUUUGUUUAAUAAAUUGCCAUGCUAUUUGAGUUAAAA